GUCACAAAUUCCAACUCAAUGUGAUCAUUUUUUUUUUAUCAUUAUUACUCCCUUCGUCCCAUUUCAAAUGUCUCAUUUUCUAUUUUGGAUUGUUCCACUCCAAAUUGGGACGGUGGAAAUAUUUGAGAUACUAUUAAAAUGAAGCAGUUGAAUUAUAGGCUAACCAAACACAUCCCAACCAAUCCCGUCACUCCUCAGCACUCCAUCAAUAUUCAAUAAUGGCGCUAACCCCGCUAGAGCUCCGGCCGUUGGGCAAUACGGGGCUUAAGCUUAGCUGCGUCGGCUUCGGCGCCUCGCCUCUCGGUAAUGUUUUCGGACACGUAUCUGAAGCCGACGCCAUCGCCACCGUCCGCCAAGCUUUUACCCUCGGAAUCAACUUUUUCGAUACAUCACCGUAUUAUGGAGGAACAUUAUCUGAAAAGAUGUUGGGGAAAGCAUUGAAGGCUUUGGGAGUACCUAGAAAUGAGUACAUUGUGUCUACAAAAUGUGGAAGGUACAAAGAAGGUUUCGAUUUUAGUGCUGAAAGAGUGACGAGGAGCAUUGAUGAGAGCCUGGAGAGAUUGCAGCUUGAUUAUGUAGAUAUCCUGCAAUGUCAUGAUAUAGAAUUUGGCUCACUUGAUCAGAUUGUGACUGAGACCAUUCCUGCACUUCAUAAAUUGAAGGAAGCAGGAAAGGUUAAAUUCAUUGGUAUAACGGGGCUUCCAUUGGGAAUUUUCACUUAUGUUCUGGAUAGAGUUCCACCUGGAACAGUUGAUGUGGUCCUAUCAUAUUGUCACUACGGUGUAAACGACUCCACUUUGGAGGACCUCAUCCCUUACUUGAAGAGCAAGGGUGUAGGUAUAAUAAGUGCUUCUCCACUUGCUAUGGGACUUCUUACUGAAAGUGGCCCUCCAGAAUGGCACCCUGCUUCCGUGGAACUCAAGGCUGCAUGUCAAGAUGCUGCUGCUUAUUGUAAAGAGAAAGGAAAGAAUAUAUCUAAACUGUCUUUGCAAUACAGCUUAUCAAAUAAAGAUAUUUCUACUAUCUUGGUUGGGAUGAAUUCAGUCAAACAGGUUGAUGAAAAUGUAGCAGCUGCAAUAGAAGUUGCAACAUUUGGGAAGGAUGAGAAAGCCCUAUCAGAGAUUGAAGGAAUUCUGAAGCCUGUGAAAAAUCAGACAUGGCCUAGUGGCAUUCAGCAGAGUUGAUCAUUGUUAUCAUCCAUAAACUGCUGAAAUCCCUUUCCAUUUUAUUCGUCUAUUAUUCAUUGGUUGUAAGUAUGUACCGUUUUUAAUUCUAUUUAUGUAAUGUUAAAACGGUUGCUGCGUGUAACAUUCAUGAUACAUACAAUUUGUUGUGUGAAUUGCUAGCACAGUACCAAAACAUGUAUCCGUUUCUAAAUCAUUGAUAUAUCAAGCAAUCUGCAUAAAGGAGAGAUUCUCUUCCUUCACCACUA